AUGAGUAGGUGGCACAAGGGCUCAUGCGAAACUCCGGACAUAGUUCUGGAAGACGGGAACCCAAGAUGUCGGAAUUGCGACAAAGAGCCUGACUUGGAGAGUUUGAUCGAAAAGCAGGAGACUGUGGAUAAGUCAUGGCACUUGCCGCCAGAUGAGGAGGCCGGGGCAAUGAAUCUCCAUUGGCCCCCAAGCGUCACAUACUCUGAAGAUGGAGAGAUCCAAGCCACUUCGCGAGACGAAGCUGAAGCCGACAUUACCAGCGAAAAAGUUACUGAGAAGCCUUCCCACGUAUACAAAGAACGAUUGCGUGGUCAUCAAUUCCGCUUGCUGUGUCUGACUUCACCAGUUGGCGAAAAACAACCCAUCCACGUUACUCUUGAAACAUAUGACGACGACGAUUACCCAGAGUAUGAGACUGUCUCUUAUGCUUGGGGCGGAGAGGAUGGAGAUGUCACAAAGUGUCGUCCAGUGUACGUUGGCGAGUAUUGGGAUGUACUUUUACAGACCAAGAACUGCUGGUCACUGCUCGAGUACAUUCGCCCACGGCGAGGGGUCCGCUUGAUCUGGAUAGAUGCACUUUGCAUCAACCAAGACGAUGCAACAGAGAAAGAAGGGCAAAUCGCGAAAAUGGGAACAAUCUACCAUCAGUGUCUCCGAGUUGUGGUAUAUCUUGGCAGUGAUGUCGUCAAGACACCGAGAUCCAGUCACCAGUACCCACGCCGUCAUCGCCUCUAUGAGAGUUUCGGUCCCAUCGACUCUUUGGGUGCCAAACUGAAAGAACUACUUGGCCUCCGUUACUUCAGUCGUGUCUGGGUGAUACAAGAGCUUCUCCUUGCGCCAAAUGCACUCAUACCCAUCGGGGACAUCGAGUUGACUUCAGGGCCUAGGCGUAGCGGUCAGGAUUGGUCAUGGAGCUCCUCGGAUGUUCCUUGGCUUGAAUUUCUAUGCAACGGAUCUUCUCUACAGCAAAAGAUUCUGUUCGAUGUGUUAGAUAUAGCCUCGAGGUCCGAGGCAUCCGACCCAAGGGACAAGCUCUUUGGCCUUCUUGGACUUGUAUCAUCUGACAUCGGGAAAGAUUUUGCACCAGACUACUCGAUCUCAACGGUUCACACGCAAAUUGGAAUCUCGGCUUACGCCAUUCUUGAAUUGAAGGAGUCCAUCAUAUUCCUGGCUGCAGCGGGAAAGAAAUCUUUGCCGUCACAUCCGUCUUGGGUACCGAAUUGGGAGGGAUACCGGCUCCUGGGCGACUUCCGCAAGAACCUCUGUUCCUUCGACCUGCCUGGGAUCCCAGGGUUUCCUAGAGUCAAAUAUCAAGUAGGUCCCUCGUUUAGAAACUUUGGUAGCUCCGCAUAUGGAGAUGCUGUGGGGCUUGUGGAUGACGAGAGUCAAGAGCCUACAAAAGGUGUGGGUCCACCUGACAGCAAUCGUUGCUAUAUUCAGUUACACAGAGACCAGGAAGGGGCGAUGUAUCCCUACUUCGCAAGCCGGGGAGGAUAUUACAUCGGCUGUACCACUUCAGGUAUCGAUUGGAUCUCAUGGAACACUGAUGAACCGACAAUCAACAAAACGUCCGCUUCUUUGACCAUAGAACUCGUUCACUUAUACACUGUAACGGCCAAGCCUCGAAGAGUUCACCAUUUUCGAGUUAAUAAUCUAGAUAUUUACACCCUCCAGUUCAGCUCCGCGAAUUGUCAGCUCUUUUUAACUACCUCACACAUCAGCUUCGACGACGACACGAGCUCAGAACCGUUAGAUGUCUUCGCACUUGUGGGCGAAAGUGAUCCUCAGAUCAUUAUUUUCUUUAUGAGGCGAUCGACAGAUGCAGAUACGUACCGGAUUGUUGAGACAUGCCCCUGCUAUAAUCUGACAGUCGCACAUCCGUUCGAUCCCACGCACCCAGACAACGUUCGUUUGACUACGGCACUGCUCCGAGGAAUACACGACCAGUUCGAGGUGACAGAUAACCCUCAUAGAGACCUUUCGGAGAUGGGCAGCCUUGUAGAAUCUUCUCAUUAUGCCUCAUUUUUGAGGAGUAAGUUGUCGGGACUAGGAGAUCUUCACCUAGGUGAUGAUAUCAGAUGCACGCUCUAUUCGCAGAGAAUUCAGGCAAGACGUUUCCUUGGGGAAUUGGGGCGCACGAUCCACUUCCAUUCGUCAAUACGCCCAGUAAACUUUCUGGUCUUGCGUCAGAUCUUCCUCCAACCUUUUCAGCGUUUGAUGGAUAUUCUGACACUCAUGCAACACCUCAUCAAUGCCGACCAUGGCAUGACCGCAAACUUCAUGGACGAUUACGUGAUCUUCAUCUACCGAGAACACCCCGAGGCUCGACCAGUCCUCAAAGACAACAUGCUCCACAUCUCCUCCCCGAUAUCAGCACGGUCAGUGUUCUUCAAUUGUUUCAAUCAAAACGACACCCCGUACGUGAACAUACCCUGGGAGUGGAGCCUGAAUACAUGGGACAACACAGAGCCAAGCUCUUGGACCCCUUGUGACAUGCAGUUCGACGAGCUUUCCCAGUCCAUGGGUCUCCCACUGUCAGCGUUCCGCCUACGAGCUCCUGUCGAACGCAUUAAAAUGGUUAUGAGGAAUACGCUGUAUUAUGCGACUUUGUCCAAGUUGAGUCCUGCGAGGCGACAUACGGGAGAAGAGGAGUUGGCUAUGCUUGUGAGAGAGCCGAAAGAAGAGGAUCGGUAUAUUUGUAUGAACUCGUGGCCGCAAAUUGUGAUUGAUGAGUUCCAGGCAGUGGGGAAGAUCAAGAAGGUGGAGAUUGUGUAG